UCAAAAGAGAUAUUGUGAGAUGGCUUGUUUUUGCACUGAUGUACAAAUUAUGUGUAUGUUUUAAAAUCCUUUAAUUAGACAUGGACAAGCAUCAGCUACAUGAUGGUUCUAAGGCAGCAAUGGGGACCAUGAAGAAGCAAAAUAAAAAGGCAAAAGACACAAGAAAAAGAAACAAAGAGGCUAAAAAAAGGAAAGACAACGAGGUAAAAAGAUUGGAAAUGGACCGGGACACAACGGAGAAAGAGAAAGAGAAGAUGGUUGAAGAAAAAAAGAAAGCCGAGCUGAUUUGGAGACUGGAUGAGGAGAGACUGAAGGCUUUGGCAGAAGUGACAGAAACAGACAUGGCAAAGGAACAGAAGGACGGUGAUAUGAAGGCAGAAAUAUUGAGGGUGGAAGAACAAGGGAAGAGAGUUCAAGAAAACAGCCAGAAGCAUAAGACAAAACAGGAGCAAGAGACAAUGAAGUUAAAUAUGGGCAGAGAAAGAAUGGAAGAAGAGAUAAAGAUGAUGGAUGCAGAACAUGAUAAAGCCAAUAUGUCAAGGAGACUGGAAGAGAAGAGUAUGAGUGCUCUGGAAGAAGAGGAGAGGAGGAGAGUAAAGAAGGAAGUUGAGACAGAGAUGGUGAAAGGACAUCCAUCCCCUGCAGAAAAGUUAGAGUCUGAUGAUAAAGUCUUGAGAGUCCCAGAAGAAUGUGAAAAAGAAGGAAAGAAAGGCAGGAAUAAAGGCAAGGAGAUCCUGAUGGAGGACAAAGAACCUAUGAUGAAGCCCGAAAAGACAGCACAUGCAAGUUCAGAGAAUAUUCUACUGAAGUCACCUUUACAAGGAGAUCACCUCUCUCCCAUUGUGGAAAAGGUGACGUCAAAACCUUUGCCACCAUUACAAGACAUGGACAAGCAUCAGCUACAUGAUGGUUCUAAGGCAGCAAUGGGGACCAUGAAGAAGCAAAAUAAAAAGGCAAAAGACACAAGAAAAAGAAACAAAGAGGCUAAAAAAAGGAAAGACAACGAGGUAAAAAGAUUGGAAAUGGACCGGGACACAACGGAGAAAGAGAAAGAGAAGAUGGUUGAAGAAAAAAAGAAAGCCGAGCUGAUUUGGAGACUGGAUGAGGAGAGACUGAAGGCUUUGGCAGAAGUGACAGAAACAGACAUGGCAAAGGAACAGAAGGACGGUGAUAUGAAGGCAGAAAUAUUGAGGGUGGAAGAACAAGGGAAGAGAGUUCAAGAAAACAGCCAGAAGCAUAAGACAAAACAGGAGCAAGAGACAAUGAAGUUAAAUAUGGGCAGAGAAAGAAUGGAAGAAGAGAUAAAGAUGAUGGAUGCAGAACAUGAUAAAGCCAAUAUGUCAAGGAGACUGGAAGAGAAGAGUAUGAGUGCUCUGGAAGAAGAGGAGAGGAGGAGAGUAAAGGAGGAAGUUGAGACAGAGAUGGUGAAAGGACAUCCAUCCCCUGCAGAAAAGUUAGUGUCUGAUGAUAAAGUCUUGAGAGUCCCAGAAGAAUGUGAAAAAGAAGGAAAGAAAGGCAGGAAUAAAGGCAAGGAGAUCUUGACGGAGGACAAAGAACCUAUGAUGAAGCCCGAAAAGACAGCACAUGCAAAUUCAGAGAAUGUUCUCCUGAAGUCACCUUUACAAGGAGAUCACCUCUCUCCCAUCGUGGAAAAGGUGACGUCAAAACCUUUGGCACCAUUACAAGACAUGUGCAAGCAUCAGCUAGAUGAUGGUUCUAAUGCAGCAAUGGAUGAGGAAUGCAUGAGGAAGCAAAAGAAAAAGGCAAAAGACACAAGAAAAAGAAACAUACAGGCUGAAAAAAGGAAAUACAACGAGGUAAAAAGAUUGGAAAUGGACCGGGACACAACGGAGAAAGAGAAAAAGAAGAUGGUUGAAGAAAAAAAGAAAGCCGAGCUGAUUAGGAGACUGGAGGAGGAGAGACUGAAGGCUUUGGCAGAAGUAAAAGAAAUGUUGAAAGCAAAAAAAGCUAUUCGAAUGUAAACACUAUCGGAAGGGCCAUCUUCCGAAUAAGAUAAUCAGAGACGUAAGACAAAUGUCAUCAUUCCAGAUACUCACAGAUUCACACAGUAUUUUAUUUGAUCUUCUUUCACUAUUUUUGACAAUUUGCCUUGAAGACACCCCACACUCCUAUAAUGAAAUAAACAAAAAAUAAAGUAUGUUUGGGCAAAAA